UAAUCAUGUUGCUUGCCAACCAAUAGAAAUGUGAAAAUUUACAAUGUUGACAUAUAACUAAACAUGACUAGUCCAGUUUCGGAAGUCUCUUUAUCCUUUCUAGGAAGGUUGGGUGGGUGUGGUGGAAGGCUGAGUAGAGAGAGUCGGCCACAGGGAACGACAGGUUGUCUUUGCUGAGUUUGGUGAGAGCUGAUCUCAGAGCUGCCCCCCGGCCCAGCUGACGAGCAUAGCCAUCAGCUUGGUACUCAAACCUGCGUACCACCUGAACCAGAGCAAACUGCACCGCCUCGUUGUAGGGCAUGAAGAUGAGCUGGAACACAAGGAUAAUUCCAAUGAUGGUGGGCCGGCUGUCAUGGAAACCAAAGCUGGAAUAGACAUCUUGUUGCUCGAUAAAGAAAGCAAACAUGGAGAGAGAAAGCAGGAGGUUGAGCUGGGACACUGCCAGUAGUUUCAGAGUAUGGCUGAGAGACCAAUGACCCAGCUCAUGUGCCAGAACUGCCAUAACUUCCUCCUCACUGCAACCCUUCACCUUCUGGCCUUCUUUAUCAGGAGGUUCUUCCUUUUCCUCCUCUCCCUCUCCCUCCUUCCUCCCCAACAGCCCUGGCUCCAAUAGAGUGUCAAAGAUGACAAUAACCUUAUUCCACCAGAACCCAUAUAAAUAUGCAUUACUAUGGGCAGACCUCUUGGAGCCCUCCACCACCUGAAUCUUCUUCAGAGGGAAGGAGAGCGAAGAGGUGAGACUGAGGAUGCUGGUGUGCAGCGCCCCCUCAGGCAGAGGUGAGAACUUGUCAAAGAGAGGAGCUAUGAACUCCUGAUACACCGUCACAAACAGCUGGUUGUGACAGAAAAUCAUAAGCAGGUUUUGAUUUUGCUCUCGGGUGUCUUACAAAGGUGAUGGCUGCAAGGAAGAGCCAGGAAUAUAUGAAGAAUGCUUGGCCACCCAGCUGAAUGGUGUAGAGUAGUCCAAGGACAAUGGGAGGAACGAUUAGUAGCUGGAGAACAAGACUCUUUGUCUGGUCCUUGAUAAAGAACACUGGCGUCUGUUUGUUGAAACCAUGGCGAUCCUCCAGGAAAAAGGUGGAGUAAAUACUCCAAGGAAGGCCAGUGAGUGUGGAGUACAGCAAUAGGAGCUCCACGAACACCAUACUCUGAGAGAGCUCAUACUCUGGUCCCAGUCCCAGCAGAGAGGCAGUGAUCCAGCCAGAGAGACUCCACAGCAAAGGGAUACCACCGACUGCUAAUAUCACCAUUAGCUCAACCUGCUUGAAAAGAUCAUGGACGAGGCCGUAAGAGCUCUUGUCCAACUGGUAGACCCGAGACUUAUCGAACGUGGACUCGUCAAGCAGAGAGUUCAGCUCAGGAGGCACGUGACUCACGCUGUGGAACACUCGACGCUAGAGAGAUAUGCGACAGUAGCACGAGGUCUGCACGGCAGACGGUGUACCUGUCUCCAUUGCAGCAGCAUGGCAGCCGUGCAACCAGUGCAGCAGCUCUCUCUUGGGAAAAGUACAGAGGCUGGAUUCAUCCAGUUCUAUAAUUCUAUGCCUGAGAAACCAUCUACCACAGUUCGAGUGUUCGACAGGAAUGAGUAUUUCACAGUACAUGGGGAAGAUGCCUCCCUCGCUGCUCGACUGGUGUUCCACACUAGUUCUGCCGUGAAACAACUGGGGUCAGGAUGUCAGCAGCUACCCUCAGUGGCUCUGAGCAGGAUGAACUUUGAGUCGUUCGCCAGAGAGCUGCUCCUGGUCCGUCAGUACCGAGUGGAAGUCUACCGCAAUAAAGGGAGAGGAGUCUGGACUGUGGCUUACAAGGCAUCGCCGGGCAACCUGCAGCAGCUGGAGGAGGUGUUGUUUGGUGGCGGAGCAAUCACACACACUGCCGUCACUCUGGCCGUGAGGCUUGCUACUCAAGGGAAACAGGGUGGAAGAUUGGUGGGUCUGGCCUAUGCUGACCUCAACAAUCAUGUGCUGGGAGUCACAGAGUUCACGGACAGCGAUCAGCUCUCAGAACUUCAAGCGUGCCUGGUGCAGUUGGGACCAAAGGAGUGUUUGCUGGUGAGUUCUGAUCGUCACAGUGACUCCGGUCGGUUGAGGCAGCUGCUGUCUCGCUGUGGACUCCUCAUCACUGACAGGAAGAGAACUGAGUUCAGCUCGAAGGACAUUGUGCAAGAUCUUAAUAGACUGUUGAAGCUGGAGACUGGGUCCAGCAGUGUAGGGCUGCCGCAGCUGGACAUGAAAGUUGCCAUGGAGAGCCUGUCAGCUGUCAUUCGGUACAUGGAGCUGCUCUCUGACGAGGCCAACUUCUCAGUGUACCGUCUACAGACGGUUGACACUGCCAAUUACAUGCGCCUGGAUGGCUCUGCUGCUAAAGCCCUCAGUCUGAACCAGGAGCCUGGCCAGCCACUCUCCACCAGUCUCACUGGUCUCCUCAACCAGUGUAUCACUCCCCCUGGCAAACGCCUCCUGCCCCAGUGGCUGAAGCAGCCUCUCCUUGAUAAGAAAUCAAUCGAGGAAAGGUUGGACCUGGUGGAGGCUCUCUUCUCUGACGUGUAUCUGAGGAUGAGUCUCCAGUCAGAGCUGCGCCACGUUCCUGACCUCCACCGUCUCUCUCGUCGUUUGGCUUCUCACAAAGCAAGCCUCCAGGAUUGUGUGAAGGUUUACCAGGCGCUCCAGCGCCUGCCUAAUAUGGUGUCAGUUCUGAAAUCUCAUGAGAGUAGCCAUGACACCAUUGUCAAGGAGGUUCUCAUGUCGCCCCUGUCUGAGCUGCAAGCCGAGACUCAGAAACUGGUGGAGUUAGUGAAGACAACUAUAGACCUGGAUCUGGUGCGACAUCACGAGUUUGUCAUUAGGUCUUCGUUUGAUCCGGGGCUCCAAGAGCUGCGGGAGGAGAUGGACGAAGUGGAAAAGAAGAUGCAAAUGGAACUCCAGAAGGUAGCAGAAGAGCUUGGGCUGGACGCAAACAAGACCAUAAGACUAGACAGUGCAUCACACCUUGGCCACUUCCUCCGAGUCACAAAGAAGGUGGAGAAGGUACUGCGAGGCCAGCGGAGGUUCUCUAUUCUGGAGACCAGGAAUGACGGAGUUAGGUUCAUCAACUCUCAGCUCCGCUCUCUCAGUGAGCAGUACCGGAGUCUGCGGGAGAGGUACAACACGGUGCAGACCGCCAUCGCUGAGGAGGUGCUGGCCAUUGCUGGAGGAUAUGCAGAACCAUUGGCAAGCCUUAGUUCUCUCCUGGCCAGGAUGGAUGUGCUGGUCAGCUUUUCUCAUGUUUCUGCAAGUGCGCCAACUCCAUAUGUGCGACCUUCUCUCACAGCUAUGGGUGAAGUUGCACCAUACAUCAACCCUGAUUCAUCUGCCCUCAUUACAGGAGAGGGAAAUAUUGAACUGAAGGACUGUCGUCAUCCGUGUAUGGAGCAACAAGAUGAUAUUUCCUUUAUCUCCAAUGAUGUUAGUCUAAUUCGAGGGGAAGACAUGUUCCAGAUAAUAACUGGCCCAAACAUGGGUGGCAAAUCCACCUACAUACGACAGGUGGGUGUGGCGGUGUUGAUGGCACAGGUGGGCUGCUUCGUUCCCUGCUCCUCUGCCAGAGUAUGUGUGGUGGACCGUAUUCUGGCGAGAGUCGGGGCAAGCGACUCGCAGAUGAAGGGAAUCUCAACAUUCAUGGCCGAGAUGCUGGAAGCCACAGCCAUUCUGGAUACAGCCACUAGAAACUCUCUGGUGAUUAUUGACGAACUUGGCCGAGGAACUUCCACGUAUGAUGGCUUUGGUCUUGCCUGGGCCAUCUCUCAUCACAUUGCUGCGAAGGUGGAGUGUUUUGGUUUAUUUGCCACUCACUUCCAUGAAAUGACAGCCCUGGCAGACACCGUUGCCACUGUCUCAAAUCGUCAUGUGACUGCUCUGACAACAGAAGAUGCUCUGACUUUGCUGUACCGAGUGAGACUAGGAGUCUGCGACCAGAGCUUUGGUCUGCAUGUAGCACAGUUGGCUAAAUUCCCACCUAGAGUUGUGGAGUUUGCACGACAGAAAGCAGAGGAGUUGGAGACGUAUUUUUCAGACACUCCACUGACAAAGAGACAGUGCCAAUUGGGUGAGGGGGAUGGUGGAGAGGGGGUAAUGGAGGGAGAAAAUGAAGAGGUAGACAAGUUUCUGGCAACUGUUAGCUGUCUUCCUUUGGCUGAGUUAGGGGAGGAAGGUGCUAAGGCCAAACUGAGAGAGCUCGUUACUGAGUUGUCUCAGUCUCCUUCCCCCGAGGUGAAGGCACUUAUCAACUCUUGUAACUAGUCAUCACUUUUGCCCAUGUGUCCACGAUCAUUUUAUCUUUUGAACAUUAUCAUUUGGCUGUGCAUCAUUAUUUGCCUGAAUCAUUAAUUGUUUUCAUCGAAUGAAUGUUGGCGAUGUAUCAAUAUUCCCCACUAAUGUGGUAUUUGGCAUGCUCAUCUAUUGUGCUGGUUGUGGCUAUGCCGAUGGUGUGGACUGAACUGAACGACAAGAGCGUCCUAUAUACCGGUCGUAUGAAUGUCUUUACUUUUACGGGUGAAUAGCUGACGGGGUUGCCAGCAGUAAAUACGACGAUGGGUCAGGCCGGAUCUCGAAGAACAGAGAUAACGAGAGCUCUGAGGGAGAACGAGCCUACAACGACGGUAGUGGAGCUUGGCGGUGUUCGACUGACAGAGAAGGAAGUCCGGAAGCUCUCGGAGGCUCUGCGACAGAACAGCGUGGUGCAGAAGCUGAGUCUUGCAGGGUGCGAGCUGACGCCUGGCGGCGUGCAACACGUUGCUGGCGUGCUGUGCAACUCUGUCCUCACCUGCAGCAUUCGAAGACUCAGCCUCUCUAACAACGACUCGAUCGGUGAACUGGGAGCUCAGUGCUUAGCCAGUGUUUUGGAGACUAACCAAGUAUUGGAACAUUUGAUUCUGAAUGGCUGCAGCCUAGGAGAUGAUGGCUUGGAACCAAUUGUAAAUGCAUUAUGUCGCAACAGAACAUUGGGAGUUUGAGCUGGGUCACAAUGGACUCACUGACAGGAGUGGGCUACUCCUUGGGGAGUGCCUCAGUUACUUCAAGCUAGAGGGGCUUUCUCUUGGCAGAAUGCGGUGGGCCAGCAGGGGCAUCAAAGCAUGCCAUGGUCUACCAGCCAACAAGAGCCGUCUGUGGCUCGCUGGGCAGUACAAGGUGGGGUGGAGGGAGCAUGGGCUCUGUCUGAGGCUCUGCAGACCAACAGCUCCAUGCUGUGGCUUGGACGGGAGAAAUGAGGGGGGGGACAGAGGAGCCAUGCCACCUGCAGGGUAUCUGAAGAAACAGUGCUGUUUGCAUUCUUGCUGGGAUACGGGGGGGGGAUGAGAUUCAUAAUGAAGGGGGGCUGCUCAACCUUUGCACCUUGCUCUCAGACGUGUGAACGGAGACUGCGCUCCAUUGAGUGGUGGGACCCGAUUGCUGAUGAAGGGAGGAAGAGCUCUAGCAGAGAUUGUUGGACACCACCAGACGUGAAAGAAGUGUUACUCUCCAGCAAUAUUUUAGGAGGAAGAGCUGUGGUACCGCUUGGCCUCAGCCUCUGGAGGCACACUGGACGUAGCGAUGCCCUCAUUGUGGACAACACUUUUGGAGAUGAAGGAGGGCAACAACUCAAGGUCGUACUCUGUAGAACCAACAGGUACACUCAAGUUCGGACUUGCAUGGGCACCACCAUGGAUUAGGGACGUGGAGAGAAGGCGGUUUCAGACCUCACAGUACAGCUCCUAAGAAGUUAGGCUCAGGCUUGGGGUUAGAGGAGCUCACCACAGUGCAUGCUUGAA